CUCCCUCCCCACCUCCGCUAUCGCGCCGUUUUACCGGGAGGCCCCUGCUCGCCCUCGCUAUUUACAGCCCUCCCCCCCCGCACCUCUCCGCCGCCGCCGCCACCGGGGAUGGGGGGAGCGCACUUCCCCGGCGACAACGACGCCGCCGAGGUCGACGCGGCCUGCUGCGACGGGGAGGUCGACCUCCGCAACGUGGGGAAGAUGGAGCACGGGUGCGAGCAUUACCGGCGGAGGUGUAAGAUCGUGGCGCCCUGUUGCAAGCAGGUGUUCCCCUGCCGCCACUGCCACAACGAGGCCACGGUUUCAGGAGAUCGGCAUACAGUAUGUCGCCAAGAUAUUGAAAAAGUAGUUUGUCUACUCUGUGAUACUGAGCAGCCGGUGUCACAAGCGUGUGUAAGCUGUGGAGCCAAUAUGGGAGAGUAUUUCUGUGAUAUAUGCAAAUUUUACGAUGAUGAUACAGAGAAAGGGCAGUACCAUUGCAAUGAUUGUGGCAUAUGCAGGGUUGGUGGCAAGGAAAACUUUUUCCACUGUGUGAAGUGUGGGUCUUGCUAUUCUGUUGCACUGCGUGAUAACCAUCAAUGUGUGGAGAACUCAAUGAGACAGAAUUGCCCAAUCUGUUAUGAGUAUCUAUUUGAUUCAUUACAAGGAACAAGAGUUCUUAACUGUGGACACACGAUGCACAUGGAAUGUUUUACUGAUAUGGUGAAGCAUAACAAAUACACUUGUCCAAUAUGCUCCAAGACAGCUCUUGACAUGUCACAUCACUGGGAGAUGUUGGAUCAAGAGAUUGAAGCAACAAUCAUGCCUCCUGUAUAUCGUUACAAGAUUUGGGUGCUUUGCAACGACUGCAACAAGGUCUCAGAGGUGAACUUCCAUGUGAUUGGGCACAAGUGCAGCCACUGCAACUCGUACAACACCCGCUCGACAUCCCGCCCUGUGGAUUCGUCAGGAAACAGCUCACCGACUACAGACUCGUCUGACAACAACCUGUAGAGCAUUCUUGGUGCCAGCCUACACCUGGCAUAAGAAAGCAACGCAAGAACCAUACGAUAGAAGGAAGGAACAUUGUUUCGCGGAGCGCGAUCCUGCCAAAUGCCAAGACCCCCCGGAGCCGCUUAGCUCUCAUUCUGUCAAGAUUCAAUUCAUUCCUUGAAUCCACGGCUGUUGUUGACUCCCAGCUGCCACAUUGCUGCCCUGUUCUACCUAGACGAACAGCAUGGCCGUCUCCUGAACGCCGCCAUUGUAUCAGCACUUCAGCAGUGGGUGAAGUGGAACCCAGCAUGUUAUGAAUCUGCUUGAUAUACUGUCUGUAACCUAUAGUAGUAAGAAGAACAUGCCUGUCUGUUGUUUACUUGGUGGUUGUGUGCCUGACUGCCUGUGAUGGUCUGUUUCUGAGAAUUGCAGUCCUGUCUGGUAAAGACUAAACCAUGUUUUAUGAUGUGUACUUGUGUGCGCUGAGAGCUCA